CUUGGAAUGGAUGAUCUCUAUCUUCUUCACAAACUCUCAUAUCCAAAACCUUUCAUUCUCAUCCUCACUCUCACUUCUCAUCUCUAACCCCCAUUCAUCAAUGGAAGGUACCCUCUUCCCCAAUAGACCCGUUCUUCCACCCCCCACAAAAAAACCAACCCAUCCAUUGAAAUUCAAACCAACUACAUUUUCUAACUCACCAACACCAACACCACCAACACCUAUUUCCUCCCAUUUAGAUUCUCUUCUUCACCAUCUCAAACACCUCUCUUCAACCCCUAUCACCACUCACACACAAACACUUGUCCCUUUAAACAAUCCCAACAACAAUACCCAAUUCUCUUCUCUUGAAUUUUCUACUGAUGAAAACGAGGAGAAUCUUCAACAGGGUAAUGGAAAGCGACCCACUUCGGCUUCUGUUGAGAUUAACCGGUUUGACAAUGCAAAGUUUGGAUUUUUAUCGGAGAAAGGUAAGAAUAUGCUCAAUUCAAUUGUUGGGUCGAGUUUGAAUGACUUGAUUGAGUUUUUCAACUUUGUGAAACCUGAGUUGCUUGAAUCUGAUGUUACUAGUUUGUUGAGGGGUUUGGACCUUUCUGGGAAUUGGGAAAGAGCGUUUUUGUUGUUUGAGUGGGUUUGGUUGAAUUUUGGGUCUGAAAAUGUGAAAGUGGAUAAUCAAUCUGUUGAACUUAUAGUUAAGCUAUUGGGUAGGGAGUCACAGUAUUCAAUUGCAUCUAAGCUGUUUGAUAUAAUUCCUGUUGAGGAAUAUUCACUUGAUGUUAAGGCUUGCACUACUGUUCUUCAUGCUUAUGCUCGAACCGGGAAGUAUAAACGGGCUAUUGAGAUCUUUGAGAAGAUGAAGCAGACUGGUUUUGAUCCAACUUUGGUUACUUACAAUGUUAUGCUUUAUGUAUAUGGAAAAAUGGGGCGGUCUUGGAAUGUAAUUUUGGAGUUGUUGGAUGAGAUGAAGAGUAAAGGGCUUGAGUUUGAUGAGUUUACGUGUAGCACUGUGAUAUCGGCUUGUGGGAGAGAGGGUAUGCUUGAUGAAGCAAGGAAGUUUUUUGCUGAUUUGAAAUCGAGUGGAUAUAAACCUGGAACCGUUGUGUAUAACGCUAUGCUGCAGGUUUUCGGGAAGGCUGGAGUUUAUGUAGAGGCUUUGAACAUCUUGAAAGAAAUGGAGGAUAAUCACUGUGUGCUAGAUGCCAUUACUUAUAACGAGCUUGUGGCAACCUAUGUAAGAGCCGGGUUUCAUGACGAGGGUGCUGCUGUCAUUGAUACAAUGGCAAGCAGAGGAGUUAUGCCGGAUGCUAUAACUUACACCACUAUAAUAAACGGCUACCGUAAAUUGGGAAACGAGGACAAGGCUUUAAAGGUGUUUGGUCGAAUGAAGGAGUUGGGCUGUGUUCCGAACAUAAGCACAUACAAUUCUGUUCUUGCAAUGCUAGGCAAAAUGUCGAGACCAGAAGACAUGAUUAAUCUUCUCCGUGAAAUGAAAUUGAAUGGAUGUCCUCCUGAUCGUAUAACGUGGAACACGAUGCUUGCUGUAUGUGGUGCGAAGGGUAAGCAAAAAUAUGUUAACCAGGUUUUAAGGGAAAUGAAAAUUUCUGGAUUUGAGCCUAACAAAGACACGUUCAAUACAUUAAUUAGUACCUAUGGACGGUGUGGAUCUGAAGUUGAUGUUGCCAAAAUGUACGGCGAAAUGAUUACGGCAGGCUUUACUCCAUGCCUAACCACAUACAAUGCUCUUCUUAACGCACUUGCUAGGCGGGGUGAUUGGAAAGCGGCAGAGUCUAUCAUUUCUGACAUGCAGAAUAAGGGCUUUAAGCCGAACAAAACUUCGUACUCGCUUUUGCUUCAUUGUUACUCUAACGCUGGGAAUGUCAGGGGAUUAGAGAAGGUCGAGAAGGAAAUCUACGACGGUCAUGUCUUUCCUAGUUGGAUGCUUUUGAGAGCCCUUGUCCUGUCAAACUACAAAUGUAAACAGCUUCGAGCAAUGGAAAGGGCAUUUUAUCAGUUGCUAGAGAAUGGAUACAAACUCGAUAUGGUUGUAAUAAACUCUAUGCUCUCAAUGUUUGUCCGAAACAAGAGACUCGAGAAGGCACACGAAAUGCUAGACAUCAUUCGCGAAAGCGGGUUGCAGCCGAAUCUUGUGACCUAUAACAGCUUGAUAGACUUGUAUGCCCGAGUCGGUGAUUGUUGGAAAGCAGAAGAAAUGCUCAAGGAAAUUAAAAACUCCGGUAUAAAUCCAGACGUUGUGUCUUAUAACACCGUCAUCAAGGGCUUUUGUAAAAAAGGGCUCGUACAAGAAGCGAUAAGAACUCUUUCUGAGAUGACCAAUAACGGAAUUCAACCAUGUCCUUUUACAUUCAAUACUUUCUUGUCAUGUUAUGCAGGGAGGGGACUGUUUGCUGAAGCAGAUGAAGUAAUUAGAUAUAUGAUCAAACAUUGUUGCAAGCCUAAUGAGUUAACUUACAAGAUUGUAAUUGAUGGUUAUAUUAGAGAGAAAAAGCAUAAGGAAGCAAUGGAUUUUGUGUCUAGGAUCAAAGAGAUUGAUAUCUCUUUUGAUGAGCAAUCUUUGAAAAAGCUAGCUUCUUGUAUUAGGGAGAGUUUGGGGUCUUAACUUUGUUAAAUAGGGAGAGUUUCUUUCUAUUUCUUUUUUUACCCUUAAAUAUCAUGUCCAACUAUAGUUCCAUUUGUACUAUAAAUCUUAAUAACUGUAUCAUUCUUUAGCAAGUUCUUCAA